AUGUCCUCGUCCGCAUUCCCGACCUCCCUCCCUCAAUACAUCUCCGAUAUGUCCCACGAUGACGACAGCGACCCCUCAAAACAACUCCACCAGACCCUCCGCGAAUCCAUAACUCGAAACCUUUCCUCUCCGCGGCGUCCUCUCCUCACACAUCUCAACGCAGACACGACAUGGCUGCUCUCGCUUCCGUAUCCCGAAUCCGCGCCCUCGAAAGAUGGGCGCGUAUAUUAUCAUAUCUUGAUCGAUCCCUGGUUACGCGGCGGGCAGAGCGAUGUCGCGAAGUUCUUUAGCCAGCAGUGGCAUGUAGAGGAGAGUGCCGUGCAGACGAUCGCAGAGUUGGAAGAUGUUGUGAGGGGAAUUGAGGAUGUUGCAAAGGGACAAGCACUACUGCCUCCUCCUCCGGGUGGUUACGAAAGCUCUGACUCCGAGGACUAUGAAGAGGUCGUUGUGGAAAAGAGACGUGCGGAGAUGGCUCCGCCGAAGUCAACAAAGAGUCCCAUCGAUGUGAUACUCGUCUCCCACGAAUUCACAGACCACAUGCAUAAGGAAACACUCCUCGAAGCUGCGCCCUCCAUUCCUGUCUUCGCGGCUACUAAAGCCGCCGUGGCGAUCAAAUCUUGGAAACAUUUUGAUUCCGUGGCCGAGAUACCGCGGUUUGGAGGGGAUUGGAGGGAGAGUUCAACGAGUCCGUUGCCGGGGUGGGUGAGUGUGAGUAGAGUUGCGUAUCCCGGCAAGGACUUGCUCUAUUACCACUCUGCGGUAAUGGUUACAUUUCCAUCUUCAGAGCCAGCUGGUGGGAUAGAUGGGGAAGCAGAAGCUGUCAUCUAUACACCCCACGGGAUAUCACCUAGUGAUCUUGCUCCUGUAGCGACAGCAAGUCCUGCGAUCAAAACGCUGGCUUUAUUGCAUGGUCUACAGGACAUCAGACUCGGCGCACAGCUGAACAUGGGUGCGCAUAACGGGUUGAAGGUCCAGCGGCUGCUAGGGGCGAAAUACUGGGUUGGCACGCACGAUGAGGUGAAGAGGGGUGGGGGAAUAGUGAGCUGGUUCUUGGACAGGAAGAAAAUUAGUUUGAAGGAGGCGAUUGAGAGGGAAAAGGAGGAGAAGGGUGAGGAUUUGAGGGGCAGUGCUGUGGAGGGUUUGAAGGAGGUUAGGUUUGAGGAGUUGGGGAAUGGGGAGAGUUUGGUGCUGGAGUGA